GGAGCCGGGCGCGAGCAGAGCGCAGCCGCGAGGGAGGCGCGGGGGAGGCGAGCGGGAGCCGGAGCCGGAGCCGGAGCCGAGCAGCAGCCAGUGUUGGCGGGGAGCAGCCGGGGCGCAGCCGGAGCCGGGGCGCAGCCGCGAUGGCCGUGGCCGUGGGGAGACCGUCUAAUGAAGAGCUCCGAAACUUGUCCCUCUCCGGCCAUGUUGGAUUUGACAGUCUUCCUGACCAGCUGGUCAACAAGUCAACUUCCCAAGGGUUCUGUUUCAACAUCCUGUGUGUUGGUGAGACGGGCAUCGGCAAGUCCACGUUAAUGGACACUUUAUUCAACACCAAAUUUGAAAGUGACCCCGCUACUCACAAUGAACCAGGUGUCCGGUUAAAAGCCAGAAGUUACGAGCUUCAGGAAAGCAAUGUCCGGCUGAAAUUAACCAUCGUGGACACCGUGGGAUUUGGAGACCAGAUAAAUAAAGAUGACAGCUACAAGCCAAUAGUGGAAUAUAUCGAUGCCCAGUUUGAGGCCUACUUACAGGAGGAAUUGAAGAUCAAACGGUCUCUCUUCAACUACCACGACACCAGGAUCCACGCGUGCCUCUACUUCAUUGCCCCUACUGGGCACUCACUGAAGUCCCUGGACCUGGUCACCAUGAAGAAGCUGGACAGUAAGGUGAACAUCAUCCCAAUAAUUGCAAAAGCUGACACCAUCGCCAAGAACGAAUUACACAAAUUCAAGAGUAAGAUCAUGAGUGAACUGGUCAGCAAUGGAGUCCAGAUAUAUCAGUUUCCCACAGAUGAAGAAACGGUGGCAGAGAUCAAUGCGACAAUGAGUGUCCACCUGCCAUUUGCCGUGGUCGGCAGCACCGAAGAGGUGAAGAUCGGCAACAAGAUGGCCAAGGCCAGGCAGUACCCGUGGGGCGUGGUGCAGGUGGAGAAUGAAAACCAUUGUGAUUUUGUGAAACUGCGGGAGAUGCUGAUCCGCGUGAACAUGGAAGACUUGCGAGAACAGACGCACACCCGCCACUACGAGUUGUAUCGGCGCUGUAAGCUCGAGGAGAUGGGGUUCAAGGACACUGACCCUGACAGCAAGCCCUUCAGUCUUCAGGAGACAUACGAAGCAAAAAGGAAUGAAUUUCUGGGAGAACUUCAGAAGAAAGAAGAAGAAAUGAGACAAAUGUUUGUUAUGAGAGUGAAGGAGAAAGAAGCUGAACUUAAAGAGGCAGAGAAGGAGCUCCACGAGAAGUUUGACCUCCUGAAGCGGACACACCAAGAAGAGAAGAAGAAAGUGGAAGACAAGAAGAAGGAGCUGGAGGAGGAGGUGAACAACUUCCAGAAGAAGAAGGCGGCUGCCCAGUUGCUGCAGACCCAGGCCCAGCAGUCUGGGGCCCAGCAAACCAAGAAAGACAAGGAUAAGAAAAAUGCAAGCUUCACAUAAAGCCUGGCAAGCCAAGGAUGGUCCCGCAUUCACCUGCUUUUGCAGUAAUAUUGUAUCGCUGCCAUCUGUGUCCUUUUUUUUUUUUUUUUUUUAUUACCUUUCCCCAGAUACCAAUAACUCUUAACUCAUUUUGCUGAAUGUUGUUGGGUGCUGGAAAGUGAUAGAACAAGGGAAUGACAGCAAAAGCUCUGUGCAGCUGGACUUUGCCUCUGGAAGUAAAUGAGUUGCCUUUCAUGCCCGUUCUGAGUGGCGGCAGGAAGCAUGCCUGCUACUUGUAUGUUGCUUUGGACGGAGGGAAGGAGGGUAAAUUGCUCCAUGUUCGUCUGACAGGAAAACUCACCUCCUCAGCAGCUGAACCAUAAACCUGAAUAUCCAUGACAACUUACUGUUCUUAAUUACUCAUGAUGGCAAAAGCCCUGAGUUCACUCUGUCUCUUCUCCACACCCACCCCAAACCCAAGAUAGCUUUGCACGUAGGCAGGCCAGUGGGUAAGCUGUGUAUGACUUUUGAACUUGCAUGGAUUGCUCACUAUUAUAAUAACAUUAUUUGGUCUGGGUUGUGGGUCUGUUCAGACUGACUGUCUCUGCUUAUGGCUUUAAAAAUGUGUCUGAACCCCUAUCUUUCAAAUUCUGGCCAAGUUGAACUGUAAGCGGAUCAAGGCUACACUGAUAAAAGUGAACAUAAUCAUAGUUUCAUAAUCGGCAAUCUCAAAAGUUGGAUAAAGCAACAUUGCUUAGAAGAAGCUACUAAGGAUGAUGGGCUUGCCACAGCCUCCCUACUACUCAGAAUUAGCAAUCUUCCAUAAACACCGAAAUCUGCUCUCCGUGGGCAGAGAGGAAGACCUAACGACUGACGCCAGGGAUUUGGUACCUCCAAUAACAUUUUUCAAUAAUCAGGAGAAGAAAAUUUUCACAAAUCCUUCAAAUAAAAAGUGUGUUGUAAAUUGUGUAUCAUCUGCAGCACAAAUUUGAGGGUGACUUGUCAAUUUCAGGUAGAAAUGGGAAGGAACAUAACACAAACCCAAAAGUCAAAGAAAGUAGAAAUUCAACUUCACCUCCAACCUCCUGGCAUAGGGGUCCUUUUGCUAUUUGGCAAUAAAGGGAAAAAAAAAUAUUACAGCUGGUCUUUCAAAUCCAGCUGUCUUGAAGGAAUUUCCUCACCUUUCCCUUCACAACUAGCUCACCUCCCUCUUUAUGCCAAUCAAUGAAGGUUAGGACUAACCCAUAUGC